UGAGUCUGACGAAAGGGGGUUGAGUUGUUUCUUGCGCACAACGCCUUCCUAUUUUCACUAUCAUACAGCACCGUUAGUCUCCAGAAAACAAACAUAAAACAUUUUCGUAGAAGUGGUGGUCUCACCUAGCAACGAGAAACUCUACUUUUCAGGGGGAUCCCAUCAUGAACGUAUCCCAAACAAUGGAGACAGAGGAGGACCUUCUAACAAGUCUUCAGAUAAAGCUAUACCACCCCCAACAACGGUCAAAAGGUAUGUUUAGCCUUCUAACUUUGGGCAGAAGAAUCAAGCAGGACGCAGACGACCCUCUCCGCGUAGGACGGGAUGGCCAGACCUGCACCUUGGCUCUGGUUGACCAAAAAGUAUCCCGCAAGCAGCUGUCCCUCCAUGCAUAUCGCACUCCUCAAAGGCAGGGCAUGUUCUUCACCAUCCAGAACUUGAGCAAGAAAGGGCGCUUGAUUGUGAACGGAACAGGACUGGAGUACUUGGAGAGGUUGGAUCUGCCGGACAAGGCCAUGGUGCGCUUUGGGGAGUAUGAGAUGCUGAUUAUGAGGGAGCCUGGAGAGGCGAAGGGAAGUUUUGAAAUGGAACUGGAUGUGUUGGAAGUUUCUCCUUCUACAGAAACUUGUGUGUGCGUACCACCCAGGAACCCUGUUAUGGACACUGGUUUCGGCUAUACAGAGGGUCUCAGGUUUCAUGAGCCAUCGGAGUGUGACGAUACCAUGCCAUAUCACAUGUAGUGGCAGAGUUGGGAUUUUAUUGGGAUACUGUUACAUCAUUUCAAAUGUCAUAUAAAGUGUCUUUUAUGUAGUCUAUAGAAGCUGUGAAAGUCAUUUAUGUAAAUGUCUCCACAAUCAAUGUCCUUAAACUUUGUUGUAAUUGUUAUGCGUGUAUGUAGAAAUGUAACCUGCUUGCCUACAUGUAACUGACUGGUCUAACCAAAUUUUAUAUUCAUCUCAAAUUUCACACCAGUUGUUGAUAGUAGCUAUGGACCUCCACAAUCCCACCUUUUUCUAAGUGUGCUCUGGUUCCGGAAGAAAAUUUUCCUCCCACUUUCCCCAUAGAUCUCUAGAAAAUUUCAAAUAUUAGGAGUUAAAAUGUAGGCAAACCAGCUAUGUGGUAACUAAUCUUUAUAAUGCGGUUGUUUUAAGUCCAAAACACACAUUUAAUAUUCUGCUUCUACACAUUUAAGAUUCUACUAAAUGCUGUAAUAACUUAUCGGUUUAUAAAGUUUUAAUGACAUUAAGAUUAAGAUAAAUGAUAAUAUGAAAAUGAUAGGUAUUGUGGUCACAUAGCUGGUUAACGCUGAGCAAGCUUUCAGACUUUUAAUACAAGUUUUUUGGAAAGUAUGGGAAAAACGAAUAUGAAAUUUACUGCUGGAACCGGUGCACAGACUGUCAAUGUUGAGCAGCACUGAGUCAGCCUUUACACCAUGUUGGAAUAUGUGCACUAUCAAGUUUAAAGCUCAAAUAUAAUAGACAAUAUAGGAUGAGUCAAGACGGAUGAAAAUAAAAUCUUUAUCUACGAUCAGAAUGCUGUCUUGUUGAUAAUGGCCUUGUUUCAGGAACUGAGCGGGUAGAUAUUGAGUAAUAAAAGUUGCAAUCUUAUAAACUCAACUCACUUUACAGGAAUAGGAGUGAGCUAAAGGAAAAAAAUGCAAGGUAAAAUAAAACUGCACGUUUUAAUUUACUGUGGGUUUAAGUCAGAGAAGUGAAGUACAAGAAAGAAGUUUAUUUUGUUUCUAAUUACUUGGUAUGAGGCAGUGCACAUUACAAGUGUGCCUAACCAGUUCAGUGUAGAUCUUUCCACUUUCAUAUUAGCUUUUCAGCAGAAAGUAAGGAACACUUGGGUAUUAUCAAAAUGCAGGAAAAGCCAUAUAAGCCAUCAGGCGUGCAUAUCCAAGUCUUCAUCAGUGGAUGAUGCGUCAUUCUUCUAAACCCAGCCAGUGGACACAAUCUGUCAAACAGAGACUGUAAGCUUAUGCACAUAUUGUCUUAUUACAACACCAUUUCAGACCAACCUAAAGAUGAGACAGCGUGACCCAACUGUGCUUCUAGGUGCUGAAGGGGGAGGUUAUACACAUACUGCAAGCUCCCAGCGAGCAGGAACAAGCCUGUGGGAAGAGAGCAGGGACUCAUCCUCAACUGUAUCAGUAUAGAACAUGUAAACAUUCCAAUUCAUGCCACAGGAGAAAGUAAACUUACCUUUUGACUUGGAAGAUAUAUCCCAUCUUCAACGAGCACUUACCAUCAGAAGCCUUCUAAUGCAGUCUAAACCUAUAAGAAGCACAAAUACUAAGAAUCCCAAGACUGUGGGCAAAUACAUGAGGAAACAUGAGCACAAUAGGAUGACAUGAAAGUCAGUGUAGGACAUGAAUGUGAUACCAAAAGUUGUAACUAAAUCAUCAGAAUGAAACCAAAAGUGCCUGUGAUGGGAAUAGAUCAUGAACGAAUGAACACACAUCAAGACGUUUUGGUGCUUGUUGAACAUUUGAUAACUUAUGGCUGCUGAGGAAAGUAAGCCAAACGAGCAUUUAUGUUACUAGUAACAUGAUAAUUUUUUAAUCCCAUUACCUGUUGUGCUGUAUUAUGUAUCAAUUUCUGGUUGUUUUUCAGUGUCAGACUAAAAUCGAAGUUUUACCGCAAAAGUUCAAGUUCUGCUGCCCUGACAUUUUAGAAUUACAGUGGUCCCUCGUUAUAUUGCGGUUCACCUUUCGCGGUGAAUGCAUUCAGACAAAUGUACAUAAAAAUGUUCGAUUGACACUACAGCGGCGCGGCGCCAGGACAGAGAGGCACGGUCAGAGGAUCUGUGAAAUACGCAUGAGUCACUACUAAUUAAUUAAACAAUGAGAAAUGUGAGAAAAUGUUAAUGCCAGUCUGAGAAAGUGUAUAGUGUGUGGUGAGGGGUUUUACAGCCUUAAAACAUAUAUAAUAAUUUUAAAAAAUAAAGCUGACUCUUUUGUGGAUUUCGUCUAUUGCAGGUUAUUUUUAGAAUGCAACCCCCGCAAUAAAUGAGGGACCACUGUACAUAUAUACUGGACUGGGUAUGUGACUGAAAUAUACUAAAAUUUAUGUUGUAUGUAUGAUAUAAUUUGAAUCUCACUUUUAAUAGAGGUAAGCAGUUCUCUAAAUUGCGCACACUGUAGUAUACCAGCCUGAAGCACAUCAUGAGCAAAGCGCACUCUGAAAAGAGCGAAGAGUUUAAAUUAAAAAGCGCUGUUACUUUGGUAGCAUUUGUUUAUUUAAAAAGCCCUCCAAUGAAAAACUUGUGAAAUCAAACAAAGGUAAAUAAAAUUAGACAUAACUGUUGAUAUAAUAUGAAUCUUUCUUCGCAAGAUAACAAAAGAUAAGAGGAAAACCAAGAUAUUUGUCGCAAUGAGGUCACUUGCCACACCAAG